UCCAAAUGCUUUUUAAAAUUGUUCGAAAUGCUGUUUUCACAAUAUAAAAAUGUACUCCAAGAUUUUAUAUUAAUUAAACAAUUGAGCCAACCCAAACUCAAUAAGAUGAAAUGUAUUCAACAGUAUUAGCAACAGAAUAAUAUAAGUACAAAAUUAAUUAUAUUUGUGGUUGAUAUGGACUUGAAUAAAUGUAACAUGGUAAAUAUAGAGUGGCUCUUUAAUUUUUUGGUAGAUUUAAGAAUUUUUUAGAGACUAAUAACCUAAAAGAUAAGGAAUGGGUUGAUGUUUCAAGAAGGUAAAUCUUAUAUGAAUAGAUAGAAUUGUCUAUUCUAAUUUAUAAUUAAGGAGAUAUGAAGAUGCUGAAGGUUAACUAGAAGAAAUAAUUAGACAAUUUCUAAGAUAAAAAGCGAAUUAUGCUUUAGUAUAUUCUGCAUAUAGUGAUCUUUUGACUCAUUGUUUGAAGUAUAAUUUGAAUAAGGCAAUACUUUUGGGAAAAGCUUUAUUAAGUGAAAUGCAAAGAGAAAAUGUACCUUUAGGAUAUUAGAAAUAAUUCUUAUAUUUCUUGGGAGUAUCAUUAUCAAUAACUAUUAAUAGACAGCUUAUUUAUUAAAAGAAAAUUAUACUGAUGCAAAAUCAAGAUUGAGAGAAUGUUUGGCUUCGGAACCAUCUAAUUAAUUAAAAGGUUGGGCUUACAAUAGUUUAGCUGUGGCAUCAUGGUGGCAUAAAUUUCCAAGUCUUAGAGAAUUUGUAAGUGAUGAUGAAGAAGAAAUAGGACCUUUAUAAAGUGAUAUACCAGCUGAAAAUAUAGAUGCAGAUUUUGAAAAUGUGAUACCAUUAUUUAAAAAGUCAAUUUAUUACAUUGAGCAUUCAAAUAAUCAAAUUAAAACAGGAUUAGAAUGGUUAUUAAAUGAAGAUUUGCUACCAUAAGAUAGAAAUAAUCUUACAAAAACUUAAUUCAAAAGUUUACAUGUAGGAAAACCUUUAUUAAAUCUAAGUGAAUUUGUACUAAACAAAGCACCAUCUAAACGUGCUGAAUUAUAAUUUUGGUUGAAAACAACUAUAAAUUUUUAUGAGGAAUAAGAUCCAACUAAUAUGGAUAGAUCGCUUUUAUUUUUGGCAUGGAUGUGUAGUACAAAUAAAUAUGUAAUAAAUAUCAUGGUUAAUCUUUUAGUUUGAUAGAGCAGAAAGCAUGUAUAGAAUUGUUUUAUAAAUGCUUGAAAAUUCUGAUUCAUACAAUAAGGUUUUAUGUAUGUAAUUAUUGGGAAGCAUGUUAAAAAAGAUGCCUAAUAGAAGUAGUGAGGGAGAAUGUAUAAUUAUAUUUAUAUAUACAUAGAACUUAUUAUCAAAGCACAAUAGAUUGCUGAAGAAUUACCAUAUUGGUCCAAUAGAUAAGUGCAUGUUAUUAUUCCUGAUUUUGAAAUCUGAUUAAUAAAUUAACUGAUUUAUAAUUCA